GAAAGUGCGUGGCUGGAGCAGCACACAGGACCGCGCACAAGAGCAGCAAGCCAGAGAGAAGCAAGCGAGUCAAGUAGUGAGUGGCACGUUGCAACAAUUAAACGGCGACCAACAGAACACACCGCAAUUCACUUCGCAACCGCCGUCACAGCCGCUACGAUGCUGCUGAAGAGCCGAGGUGGAUGCAGACGUCCCCGCUUGCCUGCAGCACUUUUCACUCUCCUCCUACUACAGUACCGACAAGUGCCUGGUACGAACGCUCAUCCUGCCAAUGAAGAUGCUUCUGGUCAUCUGGAAAUGAUUAAGAACAUUGUAUCGAUGGCCAAAUUCAAAAACAACAUGAUGGUAUUAUUUCCACUGGACUACAAGGUAGAGACAAACGUGUUGCCUGAUAUUAAGGCGGAGGAUGAGAUAUGUACCACUGGAUUGUCUUUCCACCUUCUGAACAACGAUUUGAAACGUCUAUACAAUCAUCUGCAUGAACUGCAUCCAGUUCGGACAAACAUCAAGCAUAUUUUAGAAGAAAUGAGCAUCCUCGACAUAUUAAAGGAAAAGAAAAUCACCAAGAGUUACAGCAAGACAAAUAUAUCUCCUUCAGAACUUAUUGACAAAUUACAAUCGGAUUUAGGCUAUUUGGAGAAAUAUAUAGCCGAUUUUAAAAUAUUUCAAAAUAAGUUAGAGUCCUGCAUAUUCCUACAUCAUACUGAAAAACCGACAGUGACAGGUGACACACAUAUUUCAUUAUCCACUGCCACGUAUUCAGACGAGACUUUGACCACCGACACCUCCAUGUAUUUAGACAAUCAACACGAAACCACAGCUGCUCGUGGUUUAGACCAGAGCGUGACUAUUGGCACUUUCAAUCGUGUCCACAACAUGUCCACCAUUUCCAUUGCCUUAGACGAAGUGAACGCGACAACUGUGUCCAUCUUAAAUUCGACCGCAGCAUCCAAUGCGACAGCCCAGCCCAUACCCAUCAUCAGCUCCAGCGCAGUGUCUCACAGGGAGAUGGCCAUCCCACCCAUGGAGACAAACUCCACGGAUUCCUAUGCCUCUGACUCGACUCUCUUGACCUCAUUCGUCACUCACGUUACUUCAUCGACAAACAAUGAACGCAUUCACCUCGACAGCACGACAGUGAGCGGGUCCGUAGAUUCUACCCAGACUGGUACAGGCGGUGCAACUGUUGCACCGUCGAAAGUUACUUCAGACAGCGAUCUCAAUCUCAACACAUCUCCCGACAAGCAAGUAAAUGCCACCGGCACGCCACACUUUAUUGGAAACUUUUCGGCUGCAAGUCCGAGUGAACCCAGAUUCUCGUCGAGCACGAAGAGCCAACAAAUAGAGUCGAACACCAGGCCGUCAAAAAACAUUUCGUCGCAUUCCACCGAAAGCACGAGCCAAACGAGCAGAGGUACGACCACAGACCACCAAGCCAAGCGAUCAGAUGCUGUCCCCACCUUGGCAAUUGGUCGCGAGCUACCCACAAGUUCCGAGAAUUAUCGUCGUCCAGCAAAGCGCCACAAUGGUACGGAAGCAAACAGGCAUCGUGGCAAACAUACGCCUUCAGGCUAAAUUGUUCAACACUGAUUGAGAUGAAGUGGACAAAGGGGUAAAUAAACGUGCAUAUUUUUCCAUUGCAGAAGGACCACUGAUCGAUCCUCUUAAGCCAGCAGAUCAGCGUCAUCAGUGUUCCACCUCUGCAGCGAAUCGCACUGUUCACACAGACACGGUCUUAUUUUUGAUAAUGGGGAUUUAUAUAGGGUGUUUGCAGAAUGUACUAGGAGUUACAACAUUUUUUAAAAAUUCAAGAAUCGAAUGUCGUUUGUUUAAUACGUUUUAAUAUUUUAUAUUGUACAUUUAUCGAAAUAUAUGUGAAGUUGCAUUGUGAUAUUACUGAUGAAAAAAAAGCCUUUACCCUUUUCUGGCAUGAAUACAUGUGUUAAGAUGUUAAAAUACCAAAUAUACACCCUGUGCAAGGCAUACAUACUUGUAAAAACAUGCUUUGAUAUAAAAUUUAAUCAUUGUCUUUGAAACUGAUUGGCCUACACCAGAGAGAGCCUCAUUUGUGGCCUUGUCUCAUCGGUGUUAGACUAGAGAUUGGCCGGCCAAAGGGCGAACAGCACAAAGGCAAUGAAAAUUUCAAAGCAUUGAUGGCUCGGAUUGAGCAGUUAUAUAACGUGUGAUUAAUGCGGUCUUGAUGCCUUGUCAUAAGUGUCUAUUUGGUGUUUAACAUCUUAACACAUGCAUUAUUUCGGGCACGGGUAACUGUUCUUUUUUCAUCGUUUUGAUACUAUCAAAGGGUCCCACAGAUGAUAAUACUACUGUUUAGUUCAGCUUAAGGUAACAUAUCUUGUUCCGUGGAAACUACCAAAAAUCCAUGAAAUAGAUAUUUUAUUUAUCAUUUUUUUACACAGCCAAUUUUAAGUGUCCAGUCAUUAAGUCUGUCUUUUAAACAUUGCAGUUAUAAAUUAUUUUCUCAGCCAUUCUGCUAAGUAAUAACCUGAACAGCUUGUAUUCUCUAUUCAAUGCCAUAAGAAUAAUAUUUAGCGAGCAAUGACACAUCUUAAGUUUAGAGUUGAAAUUAAGACACUUUGUUCCAUAAGUUUAAGGGGUGGAGUGAUAGUGCAGUGUUUAGCAUGCUGUACUAUGAAUCGGGUGAUCAGAGUUAAAUUCCCAGCCAUAGCUAUCAGCAGUGACGAGUGAUAUAUCUGAACUGGUCUGCACCGAACAGUGUGCCGUCAAACAUCCUCCACGAUCAAUAAUGGAAGAUGUCAUCCAGCAGCGGCUUGCCGAAGGGCAGGACAGUUUGUGAAAAAUGUAAACUGUAAAUUACAUUUUACUUUAAGUGGACAACUGGCCAUAUACCGUAUAUGCUCACCGUAGAAUGUAUUACAACACUUGGAUAUCAUAGCUUCGUGUUAUAUUCAAAAAUCAUUCUCAAGCAUUGUUUGAGAGUGAGUGUAUGAUGCAUGUCUUCAGCGAGGUCACCCGGGUGGCUCAGGAGGUAAAUGUUGAAGUGGCAUUGUUGAGUUCCCGAGUUCAAAUCCGGGCAGCCGCCCAUGAUGAUCUCGAGUUCUAUAACGUGUUGAGUUGAUGUUCUCAGCCUGGUCACCAGUUACUGAGCAAUAACACCGACCCCAUUUCAGAUGUUGUUCGGCACCUAAUUUGGCAAAAAAAAAAUAAUUCCAGCUGUGAGCAUUUAAAAUUCUGGUUGACUGUGAUGCAUUUCUCUCUCGCAAGGUGGAUGGGAAAGUGCUGCCCCCUCAUAAGCAGCCAUACCUACUAGAAGCACCCAGGAAUGUCUGUCCUUAACACUCGGGACGUCACUCCACGUCGACCAGCCCCCCCUCAUUAAUAAUCAUGAACAGUCACGUAGGUAAAAAAUAAAAUUAAUAAAAGUAAAAUAAAAAAUCACGACGUUUCGGAGGCAACACAGGCUUCCGUCUUCAGGUGGAACCGUCACAGCACGAUUGCUGUAUUUUUACCUACGUGACUUUACCGAAAAAACCCAAGAGUAUGAAUCAUUGCAGUCACGAAAGCUUCAAAUCUAGAAUCAUGAACAGGUUACGUCCGCCAUAUGGACACCCCCCCCCCCCUCAUUAAUUAUCAUGAGCAAGUGACAUCACUCUACAUGGAGCACCCUCCCCCGUCAUUAAUAAUCAUGAGCAGGUGACGUCACUCCACAUCGAAUGGACCCCCUCAUUAAUAAUCAUAAGGUGACGUCCUCCAAAUGGACCCCCUCCCCAUUCAUAAUAAUUAGCCGAUGACGUCACUCCACAUGGGGGCCGAGGCGCCUCCUCCCCCCUCCUCGGCGUCAACUCACAACCCUAAAGACACGUCACGUGAUCUCCGUAACGCUGUAGCGCUGUUGAGACAUCAAAGUAAAAAGGACAUCAUGAUGAACAAGGGAUUAUAACCUUAAAAUGAAAUAGGUCCGUGUCCCCGCGCCCUUACAAAUUGCACGCGCAUUGAUGCAAUUCAUAUCACGUCGCGGUCUGCUUUUCGCUUGCAAGUUUCAGAUUUACUGCCUUGGACAGGCAAAAGGCGAGUUUAAAUAGAUUUAAGAAGCAGUUCUGUGAUCUCUUUUCUCGGACUUCUCCAACACGGCAGGGUGAAUGUUGCACUGUUGGUAAUUAAAAUGGACACAAUACUUUAUCUUUCGUGACAUAAUUCCAAAAGCAUACUUGGGAUAAAACUGGGGGGGGGGGGGGGGACGUUGAACGUAUACAAUCACAAAAGUGAAUAUAAUGAAAGUUAAGCAUUUCCCCUGUAAUGUGCCAGUGAUAAACAGGGUGCUUCAAAAAAUGUUAACACUUAGAUGGAACUAUCGUUUUUGAUGGAAAAAGAACAGAUAGUACUCUGUAACAUAAUAACAAAUGUAUGUUAAUAGCUUCAAAAAGUCAGUCUCCAUUUGUUCGCCAUCGUUGUCAACACGUCUGGAAUCUUCUCCAGGUGGUCUCCAAAGCCUGGAGGCGCAUUUAUUUGUGGUAUUGUUGCAAAUUCUCAUAAGUGUUGACAUUUUUUUAAGCACCGUGUAUUUAUUAAAAUGUAUACUUGAAUAUUUUUUAUCCUGUUUGUUGAGCUUCAUCAUUGUCAGAAAUUACACCAUGUUCUCUGAACUCACCAAGAGUGAAAUGAGUUUAGAGUGCAAAUAAUUCCAAAAUCUUUGUCAUUAUAUGUAACAAGCACUUGCAGCCAUUGCUGAUAUUUACAAUCAUUAAUCAUUGUCAUUUACAAUCACUAAUAAUCAUUUGCAAUCGUGAAUCAUAAUAUAUUAUCAGUAAUCAUCUAUCAGUGAUUAUUUAAAAUUAGCAAUCAUUUACAAUCAAUAAUGAUCAUUAUUUACAAUAAGUAAUCAUCAUUUACAAACGGUACAAUAAUAGGGGUUUUCCCAUUUUUUCUGGCAACAAAACUGAAACCUUUUUACAAUGAUUCAUGUCUGCAUUAACCAUAAUACUUGCAGUCAAAAUGCAAACAAAAAACAUACUAUAAUAUAUGCAUUGUCCUUGAAACGGCAAGUAUUGUGGUUAAUGCAGAUAUGAAUCCUUGUUGCCAGAAAAAAGCGGAAAAAACCCUAUUAUUAUAUUUUGGUACUGGCAAAGGAGGUCUAAUGAUCGAGAUGCUCACCCCGAGCCCUCAUUACUUUGAUGGUGCAUUGUCUUUGAGCUGUACGCCUUUUGGCGUCCUCUGGUCGUGCACCAAUUGGAUCGAGGCUCAAAAGAAAGACGUCUCUUCGUGUGGACCAAUCAGUUUCAAGGACAAUGCAUAUAUUAUCAUAGUAUGUUUUUUGUUUGCAUUUUGAACUGCAAGUAUUGUGGUUAAUGCAGCCAUGAAUCCUUGUAAAAAGGUUUCAGUUUUGUUGCCAGAAAAAAGGGGAAAACCCCUAUUAUUAUAUUUUGGUACUGGCAAAGGAGGUAAACGGUACAAUGUUUUGUCGUAAUGAGAAUUCCUUUACCAUCCUAUAUUGUUCUUUGAAUGUAUUUUCUUUGUAAUGUGAAUGCAUUUUUUAAAGGUAACGGUUACGGUUGUACAUACUGUAUUCAUGUUUUUUUUCCAAAUGGCAUAGAGGUAUGUUACUCAAGCCAUAUAUGAGAAGAUAUACAUAAACCCAUGAGUCUCUGAAUUGUGCUUUGGAAUGUGAUAAAAUGCAUGGAGCUUAAUGUGUUCGCGGAAAGGCAAUUUUAACCACAUUUUUGUUGCAUAAAACUGGUCAAAUCACCAUUCUGCUUUGUGAAUGUGGUUGUUUUUAUGAUUCAAACGUGCUUUUUUAAUGUCUGAUACUUUGGCUGAAAUAUCGAUGCAAACGGUGUACUGUAAUCUAUACACAGUAUAUAAAAGCCAAAAAUUGUCUGUU